CGUCAUGGUAAACAAACACUAAUCUGAAAGACAAGUCUGCGUAAAUCUUGGGUUCAGUGAAUAAAAAAGAUUAUUGUCGCCUUUAUUUGGCCUUUUUACUUCGACAAUCAUGGCACAUCAUACUAACGGAAAUAGUGAAACAUCCAGCGAGUCAUUAAAUGGAUCUUGGGUGAAUUUGGAUGGUUCUAUGCGCAAUGGAAACAGUGUUCAUCAUUCUCCUACAGGCUCACAAUCAGGAGCUAUGGAAGAUCUUUUAGCUGAGGCAGUAGAGGAUCAUUACAAGCAAAAUUCUAACGGAGAAAAGACUCCUUCAACACCAAGUCCAACCCAAGAACUCGCCCAGAGUAGUGUACCCCUUCUACCGCAGGAGCCCAAGACUGAUUGGAUAUGGGAGUGGUCAAGUGGGAUUGAACGAAACCCGCCAAAGGAGUGGAAGCUGCGACAUCCAAGUGAGAAACAAAAAAAGACACAUUCUCAUACAAGGCUGAGCCUGAGAAAGACUAAAGUCAUGAAAAGUGACCUGCUGAAUGUUAAUUUCUAUAUUGUUGUGCCAACCAUUAUCUUUACUCACCUUGUUGCCUUUGGUAUUGGAGUGUAUGUUGGAAAAAAGAUGGCUGUCAUCCAGAGCUCAUGAAUAAACAAGUCCAUAUUGACAAUUCACAGACACCUGAUGACAGAAUUAUUUAUCAAAAAAAUAGAGCAAUUGAAGCAGACAUACAUUUUUGAAAAAAAGAUGUUUUCCAAGAAGGUGCAACCAAAAUAUCACUUACAAAUCCUGGUAAUAAUUAUCUCUCAAUGAUAAGGUCAUGAGAAUAAGUGAAUUACUUGACCUUAUUGUUACAAUCAACCAGUCUCUCAGUUGAUAAUCAUUAUAUGAAGAAAUGCUUUGUACUAUUUGAAAAAAUGCAUUUUUUAUUAUUCCACUAUCUUUAGACCUUUAUAAAAGGAGUGUGCUAAUAUUUAAAAGUUAUAAGGGAGCUAUAUAAGAGGGAAUAAUCUUACAAAAAAAAUCUGACAUUCCAGCUAGUACAAAUAAAUAAGUUAUUGGGAAACAAAGAGAAAAAUAUCAUAAAGUAACUUGGACAGAUAAUUAUGAAUUUUAAAAAUGCACCUAUGUCCCAUUUUUUGCCGUUGGUUUAGAAUGUGUUUAAAAUGUGUGAAUGACUUAAUCUAUUACAUAGUGCAGUUUUCGUAUGACCGUGAAAAGUUCACGGCAUGAACACGGUCGUGACACAGCAAGGGAUACGCCAGACAAAUCACAUUUCACGAGAAUUUACUCUCCAUCCAAUCAAAUACCCGGAACACGGCAUAAACACGGUGAGGACACGGUCACGCCGAGAUCACGACACUUUUAGACCAUUAUCAUAUUGUGCGUGAAAAAAAUCAGCCAAUUAAAAUUCUAGAAAGUAUCAUGGUCACAGCACGUCACGCUUACGGCACUGAGCUUUUCACAGUCAUACGAAAACUGCUCUAAAAUAUAAUAACAAUUGCAUAUAAUUUCCAAUGAGAACUACUACUAAUAUUCAAUACCUAAUUAAGGCCUUCUGACCUUUUAUAUUAUUAGAAAAUUAACAGACAGUAUUACUAGAUGUAUAUAGAAUGAUGUAGUAUCAUACAACACCUAUUAAGGUUACAUGUUAGCUACUACAUGUACUUCCUAUAGUUCAUGAUYUCACUGGACAUCACACCUACUACUUGCUCCUUAGUUUGUUCAUAGCCCUGCAAUUCCUUUUUUCCUGUGUACCAUGUGAGCAAAGUUUGUAAAUACAAGGUCAGCUAUUGCUAGGUUCUUUAGUAUUUAAAAGAUAUAACUAGCUAAAAACUAUUGUGAGCUGCGUCGGUGUUUCUAAUGAAACAGUAAUGAUGAAAAGGUAAAUUAUACACCGUGAAAAGAUGAAAAAACUUACU